UCCAAAUUUGAAAUAUUCUAAAUAAGUACAUCAAUUCAGCCAGUUCGAUAUUUUUUUUAAAUUCGUACUUCUUUUAAUGCCUAAGAGUACGCAAAGUUUACUUUUUUAUAAUAAUAUUUACUAUAAAAACUUUUUUUAACAUCAAUACGUUUCUGUCGUUAAGCACGGGCGGUAUCUAAGACGGUUACUACCUUUUUUUGCAGCUAAGCAAUUACAUUAUACAGUCACUGCCAAAGAGUUUGAUAAUGAACGAAAUCGACUUGAUAAAAGAGGUCGAGAAACGACCUAUAUUGUAUGAUAAGUCCGUGAGUGGAUUUAAUAAAACAAAACUUAGAGAUGAUGCGUGGAAGGAAGUAAAAGACGCACUCAACGUAUCAGAGGCGGAAUGCAAGAAACGCUGGCGUUCCCUACGAGACUCUUUCAUAAAACUGCGACGAACCCACGGAGGGCGCACCAGAUGGCCUUACCACCAGGUUAUGCGGUUCCUGUUACCCCAUAUAGAACCCAAGGAGUCUAGCUCUUACAAGAAAGACGAGGACUCCGACGCUGAAGAGGAAAUGCGGCAACGCGCCAUACAGAGCCUGCCGGACCUCUCGUUCCACGACAAGUUUGAAGAUGACGAAGAUUCCCCACCGUCUCCUAAAAAGGCUCGCCUCAACUCCACCGACGAAGAGAACCCGUGCCAAUGCAAUAGGACAGACCCUGACGAGUUGUUCCUACUCAGUUGUGCACCCAUACUGAAGAGGCUGAAUGCUAAACAGAAUGCUGGAGCUAGGUUGAAGAUACAACAGGUUUUGUACGAGGCGGAGUUCGGUUGUCAGAUGGAAUUGCCGUAUGUGACACCAGCCAGUGAGUGUGGGUUUGACAAUAUCGAAGGUUCUGUUGAGUAA